CGGCUGCCAUGUGGCGGCCAUCAGACACAAGGCAGAGGUGACAAGACUUUUUGUAAAGAGCCACACAGAGUCUUCUGGGCUUUCCUUGGCUUACCUUUAGUGCACCUGCUUCUGUGUGAGUUGAAUCAUUGCAAACAUGCUGAUUACUCUAUUUUUCGCCUUCCUGGUGUCUUCUGUCAUUGCCACAAAGAAAGACAGUGCCCUUCCCAGGCUGAACGACACCGAAGCUGUUGAGGCCUUCAUCGACUCGGCCGAAGUGGUGAUCGUUGCAUUCCUGGAGGGAGAGGAGAGUCACGGCUAUAAGGAAUUCCUGGCAGCUGCAAAGCGAGUCGACUCAGUUCCUGCAGCCAUUUGCACUGUGAAGGAAGUGUGGGCUGACUACAGCCUCUCCUCAGACACCAUCACCCUCUUCAGAAAAGCAGAUAACCACCAGGAGAACCUCGUCAUCGCUGAUGCUAAAAAGUUAGAAGCUGAUGGUCUUGUGAACUUCAUCUCCGUCAAUGAGGUUCGAUAUAUCACAGAGUACAGCCAAGUGACAGCAGUGGGUCUGUUCAAUUCAGAGGUGAAAUCACACCUCCUGGUCUUUGCCAACAGAGGAACUAAAGAAUAUACUGAGCUCAAGAAGGAAAUAGGAGCUGUGGCCCCUGAGUUCACAGGAAAGUUCUUGUUCGUUCUGAUUAAUGGAGCCGUGAAGUCCAACUCUAAAUCACUUAGCUACUUUGGCCUCAAGUCACAGGAUCUCCCACGAAUUGGCAUCUACGACGGCGACUCUGACAUGAAGUGGCUCCUACCUGAAGGAGAGCUUUCUGCAGAACGAGUGCGAGAAUUCUGUCAGUCGUUCCUACGAGGAGAACUGAAGGAGGUCGAGCAGGCUGGAUCAAAGCCCAAAACAGAACUGUAAGACAAUGUAACAUGAAUGAAUUAUUAUACAUUAAAUAAAAAAAUAAAUGGGGGGAAAAAAACA